AAUAUUUUGUUCUACAGCAGAAACUGACCCUACUUAUUUAUUUUAUAUUUUUCAUUUUAAACGUUAAAGUUCAUCAUUUAUCAGGAAAACUGACGUAUUUUAUUUGUUUCUGCUUUACUGGAGCUUAAAUCAUAGUGAGGCGUCCUCCUGGCCUCCUUCUUCUGUGGUGAAAUCAUGGAGCUGGCGUACGUGUGUGAGUGGGAGAAACGUCCAAAGAGUACUCACUGUCCCUCCAUCCCUCUGGUCUGCUCCUGGUCCUGCAGGAACCUGGUGGCGUUCACCACAGACCUGAAGAAUGAGGACGACGACAAAGAGGUCAGUCACAUGAUCCACAUCAUCGACACCGAGCACCCCUGGGAUGUUUAUUCCAUCAACUCUGGACACACUGAGGUCAUUUCCUGUUUGGAGUGGGACCAAUCAGGUUCGAGGCUGCUGUCUGCAGACGGUGACGGACAGAUUAAAUGCUGGUCGAUGUCCGAUCACCUGGUGAACAGCUGGGAGAGCGUCCUGUCCAGCUCUCUGGACGGAGAUCCAAUCGUAGCUCUGAGCUGGCUGCACAAUGGUGUCAAGCUGGCGUUGCACGUCGAGAUGUCGGGUUCGACAAACUUCGGUGAGAAGUUUUCCCGGGUGAAGUUCUCGCCGUCUCUGACUCUGUUUGGCGGGAAGCCGAUGGAGGGCUGGAUGGCGGUGACGGUGAGCGGUUUGGUCACUGUGUCGUUGUUGAAGCCGGGCGGCGCUCUGCUGACCGCCAGCGAGAGUCUGUGCCGGCUACGAGGAAGAGUGGCGUUAGCCGACAUAGCCUUCACCGGGGGAGGGAACAUCGUGGUGGCAGCGACCGACGGCAGCAGCUCGUCCCCCGUCCAGUUCUACAAGGUGGUGGUGAGCGUGGUGAGCGAGAAGUGUCGCAUCGACACAGAACUGUUACCAUCCCUGUUCCUGCGCUGCACCACCGACCCUCUGAGGAGGGAGAAGUACCCUGCCGUCACCCACCUCAAGUUCCUCACCAGGGAGAACUCAGAACAGGUUCUGCUGUGUGCGUCCAAUCAGAGCGGCAGCAUCGUGGAGUGCUGGUCCCUGAGGAAGGAGGGACUUCCUGUCAACAACAUCUUCCAGCACCGGUCACCAGUCGUCGGGGAGAAGCAGCCCACCAUCCUGAAGUGGCGGAUCCUGACCACCACCAACGAUCUGGAGCGAGUGUCGGCCGUCGCGCUGCCCAAACUGCCCAUCUCCAUCUCCAACAC